GAAAGAAAACUAAACAAAAAUAAAAUAACUUUAAAACCAUCUGAUAAAUCUUUUAGGUUUACAAUACAAUAGUAACAAGCAGUAUAGUGGUGGCGCCACUCCUCCAGUAAACCCACACCCACUGACCGAAAGAAUACACACACAUACAUACUGAGAAAUGGCAUCGGCGGCGAUGGAGUCCCUGAUUCUCAAACUCCACGAAAUCUCCGCCGUGAAAUUCGGAAACUUCAAGCUGAAAUCGGGAAUCUCCUCCCCAAUCUACAUCGACCUCCGUCUGAUCGUUUCCUACCCUUCUCUCCUCCGCCUAAUCUCCCAAACCCUAAUCUCCUCCCUCCCUCCCUCCACCUCCUUCGACCUCGUCUGCGGCGUACCCUACACCGCCCUCCCCAUCGCCACCGCCCUCUCUCUCUCCAACAACAUCCCCAUGGUCAUGCGCCGCAAGGAGAUCAAGGACUACGGCACUUCCAAGGCCAUCGAAGGCCAUUUCCAACCCGACCAGGUCUGCCUCGUCGUCGAGGACCUCGUCACCUCCGGCGCCUCCGUUCUCGAGACCGCCGCGCCGCUCCGUGCCGCCGGCCUCAAGGUCCAAGACGCCGUCGUUUUGAUCGAUCGGGAGCAGGGCGGGAGGGAGAAUCUCGAGGAGAACGGGAUCAGAUUGCACGCCAUGAUUAAGCUGACGGAGAUGGUUAGGGUCUUGAGGGAGAAAGGGAAGGUGGAUGAGGAGAUGGAGGGGACGGUGAGGAGGUUCUUGGAGGAGAAUCGGAGGGUGCCGGUGCCGGUGCCGAAGAAGGAGGUUAGGGUUAGGGUUAGGGAUUUGGGAUUCGAAGAGAGGGCUAAGUUGGUGAAGAAUCCGACGGGGAAGAGACUCUUCGAGUUGAUGGCGGAGAAGAAGACCAACUUGUGUGUCGCUGCUGAUGUUGGGACCGCCGCCGAGUUGCUGGAUAUCGCCGAGAAGGUCGGGCCUGAGAUUUGCCUACUGAAAACUCAUGUUGAUAUAUUGCCUGAUUUCAACCCGGAUUUCGGUUCUAAACUCCGCUCAAUUGCAGAUAGACAUAAUUUCCUAAUCUUUGAAGAUCGCAAGUUUGCAGACAUCGGUAACACAGUGACAAUGCAGUAUGAAGGAGGUAUUUUUCACAUAUUGGAUUGGGCAGAUAUAAUUAAUGCUCACAUAAUCUCUGGUCCUGGGAUAGUGGAUGGACUGAAAUUAAAGGGCUUGCCACGCGGUCGGGGCCUUUUGCUGCUUGCCGAAAUGAGCUCAGCCGGAAACCUUGCCAAGGGGGACUAUACGGUUGCAGCAGUGAAGAUUGCUGAGGACCAUUCAGACUUUGUCAUCGGCUUCAUUUCUGUAAAUCCAGCAUCAUGGCCAGGGGCGCCUAUAAAUCCAGCUUUUAUUCAGGCAACCCCAGGAGUCCAAAAGGUCGUAGGUGGUGAUGCUCUUGGCCAACAAUAUAAUACUCCCCACUCUAUUGUCAGGUUAGUUGGUGAAACCAAAAUUAGGAAUAAAAGUUGGGACGGAAACUAUGAAAGGGAAACCUUAAGCGGGUCAGAUUUCAAAUUAGACGUGAAUAAAUAUUGGUCCUUCAGUUCUUUAUAGGAGUUGAGCGGACGAUAGAGAGGAUUCCCAUGGAGGGCCUCGGAAUUUGAAAAAGAAUUGUACAUUUGGGUAGUAGUAUACAACGAUACAACUCUAAAACUAGAGAUCUGAGUUGAGAUUGAAGCAAAUCUUGGAACACAAGGACUGGGAUGAAUUUAUUUUGGAGAGAGAGAGAGAGAGAGAGGUUUUAUUGCGUAGCUGAUGGCUUGAUGUUGGUUCCAUGUAAGAUUGAUGCGGAACAAGUAAGUUUUUUUUGUUUUUUUU